AUGGUGAACCCACAUGUGCUAUUGGGAGGUGGUACCGGUUUCGUUGGUACAGCAUUAAAGCAGAUUUUAUUAAAUAAAGGCUAUGAUGUCACUAUUAUUUCAAGAAUGCCAGGGGCUGGAAGGGUUACAUGGUUUGAUAUUUGCUCUUCUGGAAUCCCUAAUGGGGUUACUGCUGUUGUAAAUCUUGCAGGGCAAAACGUUUUGGAUCCUACUCAGCGGUGGACUCCAGGAUUCAAACAAAAUGUUUGGAAUAGUCGUGUUAAUACAACUCAAACAUUAGCUAAAGCUAUCAAGAAUGCUAGUGAACGCCCUUCUGUUUUUGCUACGAUAUCUGGUGUUGGCAUUUAUAAUCCAUCUUCGGAAAAAGAAUACGAUGAGAAUUCAGAAAUUGGACCGAGCUUUGACUUCCUAAGUAAACUUGCUUUAGAAUGGGAAAGUGUAGCUCACUUGCCAGCAGAAUUAGAUGUAAGACAAGUUAUCAUCAGAUCUGGUGUAGUUCUUGGCCGCCAUGGAGGUAUGAUCAAACAGAUGUAUAUUCCCUUCUUCUUUGGCUUGGGCGGUCCUAUUGGCAAUGGAAAGCAAUACUUACCUUGGAUCCAUGUUAAAGAUUUGUGUAAUAUGUUCGUUUUUGCUAUUGAGAACAAAAAUGUUUCUGGUGUAUUAAAUGGUGUAGCGCCUCAGGUUAUUACUAACCAAGAAUUCACAUCUGCUUUUGCCUCUGCUAUGAAUAGACCCGCAUUCUUUCGAGUUCCUGAAUUCUUGUUGGACGUGAUGUUUUCAAAGGAACGUGCGAAAAUCAUGACUGAAGGUCAGAAAGUUCUCCCCAAUAGGGUUAAAGAACUUGGGUUUAAAUAUGAAUUUCCAUGCAUAGAAGAUGCUACUAAAGAUGUAUCUAAAUUUUUUUACAAAGCUGAAAACCCUGUAUGA